AUGGCGCCCUCUACUAUCAAGCUCAACACUGGACAUGCUAUGCCACAGGUUGGCUUCGGAUUGUGGAAGGUUGACAAUGCGACAUGUGCGGAUACUGUCUACAACGCAAUCAAGGUCGGAUACCGAUUGUUUGAUGGAGCUUGUGUGGCAGAUUACGGAAACGAGAAGGAAGCUGGUGAGGGUGUUGCGCGAGCUAUCAAGGACGGACUUGUAAAGCGUGAAGAUCUCUUCCUCGUCAGCAAGCUCUGGAACUCCUUCCACGAUGGCGACCAGGUCGAGCCAAUCUGCCGCAAGCAACUCGCAGACUGGGGCAUUGACUACUUUGAUCUGUUCAUCGUCCACUUCCCAGUUGCCUUGAAAUAUGUCGACCCCUCAGUAAGGUAUCCUCCUGGCUGGGCUGUUGACGGCAAGGAUGAUGUCCAGUUGAGCAAUGCUAGCAUUCAAGAGACAUGGACUGCGAUGGAGGACAUACAUAAGAAGGGAUUGGCCAAGAGCAUUGGUAUCAGUAACUUCCAAGGUUCUCUGAUUCUCGACUUGCUGCGAUACGCCAAGAUCCGCCCCGCUACCCUCCAAAUCGAGCACCACCCAUACCUGGUUCAACCUACCCUCCUGAAGCUCGCAGAGAGCGAGGGCAUUGCAGUCACCGCAUACUCCUCAUUCGGUCCACAAUCAUUCAUUGAGUUGGAGUGGCAAAAGGCCAAGGAUACACCAGUUCUGUUCGAACACCCAGUUGUCACCAAGAUUGCAGACAGAACUAAGAAGACCCCUGCUCAAGUUCUCUUGAGAUGGGCUACUCAGCGUGGAUUGGCAGUCGUCCCCAAGUCCAACAACCCAGAACGUCUCCAACAGAACCUUAAGGUUACCGACUUCGAUCUCGAGCAGGCAGAUUUGGAUGCUAUUUCAGGAUUGGACCGCCACCUGAGAUUCAACAAUCCCACUGAUGUAAGUCCACCAUUUGCUCAUUUUUAA